CCCAGGCUGUACGCCACCAGGCGGAGGGCAGAACUGGGAGAGGACCCAGGAGGGGAGAGCUAGGCGAAAACCAUUCAGAUCGCUUGUUUCUCUCCAGCGAGAAAACUUUCCCUGGAACGCCGGAAACUUUUUCCUGCGCGCGCAGUGUCUGAAACGGAGGCGAGCGGCGGCGGUGCGCAUCUCGAAUCGGGUGACUCACGCCGGGGACCCCAAGGGGGUGUUGGCUCGGAGUGGGGUUUUAAGAGAUCCCAGAAGCAGCAUUGGGAGAAGCCUUUUCCGUGCGUGGCCAGAAACGUCUGGUCCUGAAGACACAGCUCAAUCCUCACCUAGACUUAUGACCCGAGGCCUUGCUCCCCUCCUGCCUGUUGAGUUCCACAAGAUGGGCUCCUUCCGCCGUCCCAGACCACGAUUUAUGAGCUCUCCCGUGCUCAGUGAGCUGCCUCGCUUCCAGGCUGCCCAGCAGGCUCUGCAGCUGAGUUCCAACUCUGCCUGGAACAGCGUACAGACAGCUGUGAUCAACGUUUUCAAAGGGGGCGGCUUGCAGAGCAAUGAACUGUAUACACUGAACGAGAACAUCAGGCGGCUGCUGAAGAGUGAACUUGGAUCAUUCAUUUCAGACUAUUUCCAGAACCAGCUUCUUGCAAAAGGACUGUCCUUUGUGGAGGAGAAGAUCAAGCAGUGUGAAGGUGAUAGUCUCAUUGAGGUUCUGGCUGAAGUCUGGGAUCACUUCUUCACCGAGACUCUCCCCACCCUGCAGGCAAUAUUUUAUCCGGUUCAGGGACAGGAGCUGACCAUCCGCCAGAUCUCCCUGCUGGGCUUCCGGGACCUGGUCUUGCUGAAGGCGAAGCUGGGUGACUCGCUACUGUUGGCACACUCCCGGUUGCCCUCAUCGGUUAUACAGAUGCUGCUCAUUCUGCAGAGUGUUCACGAGCCCACAGGCCCAAGCGAGGGUUAUUUGCAGCUGGAGGAGCUGGUGAAGCAAGUGGUGUCUCCCUUCCUCGGCAUCAGUGGGGACCGCAGCUGCACAGGCCCCACGUACUCAUUGGCCAGGAGGCAUUCCAGGGUCCGGCCCAAGGUGACUGUCCUGAACUACGCCUCUCUGAUGACCUCGGUUGGCCGGCCACUGAAUGAGAUGGCCCUGACUCCGCUAACAGAACAGGAAGGAGAGGCGUACCUGGAGAAGUGUGGCAGUGUGCGGCGGCACACCGUGGCCAAUGCCCACUCGGACAUCCAGCUGUUGGCUAUGGCCACCAUGAUGCACUCAGGGUUAGGGGAGGAGGCUGGCAGCGAGGACAAGCACCUGCUCCUGCCACCCAGCUUCCCGCCACCACACCGCCAGUGCUCCAGUGAGCCCAGCAUCCCCGACAGCCCCGAUGAACUGGAACUAGAGGAUGUAGCAAGUGGCAGCCAGGAAGACUCAGAGAUGAACUGUGCUUCUCUCAGCUGAACUGGUACCUCAGGGGUUUCCCCAUUUCUGCUUUGUGGCCAGGAUGAGGACUGUGUGGAUGUCUCUUCUCCAUGGAUCACCGAGGCGCUCUGCCUUAUUUCUUAGGGCCCAAGCCGAGUCUCCACGCCCUCAGAAAACACCUGUAAACCUCUCCACUUCGGUGUCUGUGACUAGCUCCUCAUGCCACCGUUCUCCUGACUUCCAGCUCCCCGACUUCAUCUGGAUCUUCAUCUCUGAACCUUUCUCAUUAUAUUGGACUGGCCGAUGCUCCUAGCAUAUAACGCUCUGGCAUGACUAUAGCAGAAGGUUGAACAACACGUGAGCAUCUAGAAUGAGCCAGUCUUGCCAGUUCCCCUAAUGAUCCCAUGAAGCAGAAGCCAAUGGGUAGAAAGAAUAGUAGAAGUUCUGUUUAGCAUGGAAGGUCAACUGUAGCCCAUGUCAUGCAUGGCCCUGGGAAUGUGUCCUCAUCACUUUGGUUGUAGUGACUUAGAAAGCAUUAUCCUCCUCGUGGGUGAGGAUACAGGAGCACCCUUAGGUAUGUCCAGAUGUCAUGUGCUGUCUACAUGAAGGGCUCUUUAGACUAGGAGAAUUUGCCAGAUUGGCACAGCCCUGCCUUGCAUUUAGCCUCAACAUGUCCCUCUUAGGCCUCCCCCCAGACUGCAGGAAUGACCCCUCUCAGUCACUGGUGCCUUAGUCCUCUAGUUUCAGGAACUGACCGCUUCCUGUUGUACAUUUGAGAGGCUGGCUGACAAAGACUGACCUAGUCUACCUGGAUUUCACUUGAAUUUGUAAAACGUGUAUUGUUCAAAAAAAAAAAGUUCUCAAAUAUUUGCAUGUA